GCUUCAAAACCCUCUCCUCUCUCUCUCUCUCUCUCUCUCUCUCUCUCUCAUAUAUGUAUAUUGAAAUCCAUUGACACACAUAAAGCCAAGCCAAUGGCAAAAUUGAAAUCAUUUGAAUGCCUAUUUUCAGGCUUGUGUUUAGUUUCAACAGCAGUAGUUGUGCAAGUGAGCAGCCAAUCAAGCACGAUUUGCAGCGCGGCGAUGACGCGAAGCUUCAGCUCCUGCGUCAGCUACCUCACGACGGGCUCCGGCGCGUCGUCUCCCACCGAAGCUUGCUGCAGCUCGCUCAAAAACCUCAUGAGCAACGGCCAAGACUGCCUCUGCCUCAUCGUCACCGGCGGAGCUCCUUUCCAAGUGCCCCUCAAUCGACCUCUAGCGAUGUCUCUCCCACGCGCCUGCAAAAUGCCCGGCGUCGCAGUCGAAUGCAGAGCUACUGCCAGCCCUCUCUCACCACCAGACGAAGAUGACGGCGCUCCGCUGUCAUCGCCGCCUAGUCCUAGAGGUGAUGAUGAUUAUGAAGAGCUAUCUCCGGCGUCUUUGCCCCCGGAAAGUGACGUAGUGCCGGAAUUCACGCCGCCGGGAAUGCGGCCGACUCUGCUUCCAUCCGCUGCGCUUUCAUGUCACGUUGAUUUGCCGUCUCUUUUUAUUAUGUUAGGAGUCUUUUUGUUCAAGUGCUACUAGGAUUUAAUUUUGGUCAUGGGCUAAAUAUUCAUUUUAUGGGAUUUUUUUUCUUCUUUUAUAUGUAAUAAUUGAGAAUUUGAGAAGUGCGAUUCAUUUGAUGUACAAAGAGAAAUAACAUGUUAAUGCAA